GAAAACGGAACGAAGAUUUUUGUUCCGCACGCGUUCCGAGUCGGUUGUAUCGUCUGUCGUCGGGUGUGCAGCAGUAAAAUCGGUGAAUUAAUCACAGAAUUCUCGCGUUUUGCGUACUGAUUCGCACGAAAGCAGCAAAUUAACCGCCCCAAGAUGGUCGUGAAGCCGAAUAUGGUCGCCAAGAAGGUGCAGGGACAGGCGUACAAGGACAAAAGCAAACCGGCUGACAUCCGUCUGAGCAACAUCAAUGCUGCCAAAGCCGUUUCUGAUGCUAUCCGUACCAGCUUGGGACCGCGUGGCAUGGACAAAAUGAUCCAAGCAUCCAACGGCGAGGUAACGAUCACAAACGAUGGAGCCACGAUUCUGAAACAGAUGAACGUCAUCCACCCGGCCGCCAAAAUGCUGGUCGAGCUGUCCCGCGCACAGGACGUGGAGGCCGGGGACGGCACCACCUCCGUGGUCGUUGUUGCCGGAGCGCUGCUGGAAGCGGUCGAAAAGUUGCUGCAGAUGGGCAUUCACCCGACCGCCAUCUCGGAAGCGUUCCAGCGCUGCUCGGCCAAGGCGGUGGAGAUCCUGACGGAAAUGUCCCGCCCGGUGGAGCUGAACGAUCGCGAAACGCUGAUCAAGAGCGCAUCGACGUCGCUGAACUCGAAGGUGGUGUCGCAGCACAGCAGCAUGCUGGCCCCGAUCGCGGUCGACGCCGUGCUGAAGGUGACGGAAUCGCACGAGCAGGGUUCGGUCGACUUGAAGAACAUCAAACUCAUCCGCAGCCUGGGCGGUACCAUCGAGGAUACGGAGCUGAUCGAUGGGCUCGUGUUCACGCAGCGCUCGUCCGGCAUCAAUGGGCCGAAGCGUCUGGAGAAGGCAAAGAUUGGGCUGAUUCAGUUCUGCAUCUCCGCCCCGAAGACCGAUAUGGAUCACAGCGUGAUUGUGUCCGACUACGCCGCGAUGGACCGUGUGCUGAAGGAGGAACGUGCCUACAUCCUGAACAUUGUGAAGCAGAUCAAGAAGUCGGGCUGCAAUGUACUGCUGGUGCAAAAGUCCAUCCUGCGCGAUGCCGUGUCCGAUCUGGCCCAACACUUCCUGGACAAAAUCAAGGUGAUGGUGGUGAAGGACAUCGAGCGGGAGGAUGUUGAGUUUGUGUGCAAGACGCUGCGCUGCCGCCCGAUCGCUUCGCUGGACCAUUUCGUGGCGGAGAAUCUGGUGAACGCCGAUCUGGUCGAGGAGGUGGCCAGCGGAACGACCAAGUUCGUGAAGGUGACCGGCAUCCAGAACAUGGGCCAGACCGUGUCGAUCGUGGUGCGCGGUUCGAACAAGCUGGUGCUCGAGGAAGCGGACCGCUCGCUGCACGAUGCGCUGUGCGUCGUCCGUUGCUUGGUGAAGAAGCGUGCCCUUAUUGCGGGUGGCGGUGCGCCCGAGAUUGAGAUGGCCCUACAGCUGUCCGCGUAUGCGCAAACGCUGCAGGGUGUCGAUGCGUACUGUUUCCGUGCGUUCGCCAAUGCGCUGGAAGUGAUUCCCUCGACGCUGGCGGAAAACGCCGGUCUGAACCCGAUCGCAACGGUCACGGAGCUGCGCAACCGCCACGCGCAGGGCGAGAAGAACGCGGGGAUUAAUGUGCGCAAGGGUGCGAUUACGGACAUUCUGGCGGAGAACGUGGUGCAGCCGCUGCUCGUGUCCACCUCGUCGAUAACGUUCGCCUCCGAGACGGUGCGUUCGAUCUUGAAGAUUGACGACAUCGUAAACACCAUGCAGUAAGCAGCAGCAGCAGCACAAUGCGUAUUUAUCUGUAAAACCAUCGCGCGACCGUGGAACAAUUCCGCCUCACUAACCAACGAAUGCGUUCAUUCUUUGCCUCACCCAAACACGCAUUUCGGUGCACACUCUUCACCCUUAUUUUCACACGUCUGCUAAUGAAGCCUUGCGGAAUUAUUUCCACGUUUUCGGAUACGAUUCGAAGACAUUUAAAACACACGCCACACACACAUUAAUCGUUUGUUUGUAAUGUUCGUAUUCGCAUUUUCUCUUAAUAAACAAAACAAAAGCUAAGUAAUAA